AUGAAAAUCUCCGGCAAACUCAACCCCAAACAUCUCUUCCGAUCAAAUAAAAGCCGUUCGGUUUCCAGAUCUGAUCCAUCCUCUUUCGGUUCCUACGCCACGACGUCCUCUACUUCGCCGGAGCCCAGCCAUGGCCACCACAAGUCCAUGUCAAGCGGUGUUGCUACUCCAACCAGCGUCCUGCCUAGGCACUCGAAUUCGCACUCGCACGAAAUAUCUUCCGAGUGGUCCGAGAAUUCUACCGACGUACAGUUUGAGUUGGUGCAAGCGUUCAGGUUUAUUGACAGCGACGGUGACGGAAGGAUAACGAGGGAGGAGCUCGAGGCUGUUUUGAACCAAAUCGGAGGAUCCGAACCUCCGAUCCGGGAGGAGCUAAGCCUGAUGUUGAGUGAACUCGAUAGAGACGGCGACGGUAUUAUUACUCUGGAGGAGUUCGGAGCCAUAAGCUCCGCUUUUGGUCCGCCGGCUUGCGAUACUGAGCUGAGAGAUGCUUUUGAUUUUUUCGACACCGAUCGCGACGGGAAGAUCACGGCGGACGAAUUAUUUGCGGUGUUCAAGUCGAUUGGGGACGGGCGGUGCACGUUAGAAGAAUGCAGGAGUAUGAUAAGUAGCGUGGAUAAGAACGGAGACGGGUUCGUGUGCUUCGAGGACUUUACGCGUAUGAUGGAACAGCAAAGAUGA